GUCUGCCGGCCUGAAAGUUUCACUUUCUGUUCAGCCCGGAGGUUCAGAGUCCGCUGGUUCCGACCGACUUUAGAGGCCCCGGACCCCAAGCGGCGUGAUGGCGUUCAGAUACCCCGAAGCCCGGAGAGACCUCAACCAGGUGGAUGAUUACCACGGAACCAAGAUCCCGGACCCGUACGCCUGGCUGGAGGACCCGGACAGCCCGGAAACCAUGGCGUUCGUGGAGAAGCAGAACCAGCUGACCAUGCCGUAUCUGGAGGGCUGUGCGGUCCGAGCCCGGUUCCAGCAGCGCCUCACCGAGCUCUACGACUACCCGAAGUUCAGCUGCCCCUAUAAGCGGGGGUCCAGGUAUUUCUACUUCCACAACGCGGGCCUCCAGAACCAGGACGUUCUGUACGUCCAGGACUCGCUGGAUGCGCCGGCCUCCGUGUUCUUCGACCCGAACUCGCUGUCUGAAGACGGAACCGUGGCGCUGAAGAUGGGCCGGCUGUCUGAGGAGUGUGAGUACUUUGCGUACGGGCUGAGCAGUGCCGGGUCGGACUGGGUCACGCUGCGCUUCCUGAACCCGGUCAGUCUGGCGCCGCUGCCCGAUGUUCUGGAGCGGGUCAAGUUCAGCUGCCUGGCCUGGACCCACGACGCCCGGGGCAUCUUCUACAACUGCUACCCGCCUCAGGACGGCAAGGCUGACGGCACAGAGACCACGUCCAACAUCAACCAGAAGCUCUUCUACCAUCGGAUCGGAACCGAGCAGUCCGACGACGUUCUGGUGGCCGAGUUCCCGGACCAUCCCAAAUGGCACAGCUCAGUUACAGUGUCAGAUGACGGCCGGUACGCGGUUCUGUCCAUCACCGAGGGCUGCCGGCCCGUCAACCGGCUCUGGUACUGCGACCUGCAGGCGCUUCCGGACGGGAUCCAAGGUCUGCUGCCGUGGGUCCGGCUGGUGGACGACUUCGAGGCGCAGUACUCCUACGUGACCAACGAGGGCAGCGUGUUCACGUUCCGCUCCAACCUGGACGCGCCGCGCUACCGCCUCAUCAACAUCGACAUCCAGAACCCGGACCGGCAGAACUGGACCACGCUGAUCCCGCAGCAUGAGAAGGACGUCCUGGGCUUCGUCUCCUGUGUGAACCAGCGCCACCUGCUGGUGAACUACGUCCACGACGUGAAGGACGUGCUGCAGCUGUUCGAGCUGAGCAGCGGCCGCCUGCUGCGGGAGCUGCCGCUGGACGUGGGAACCAUCGCCGGGGUCAGCUGCAAGAAGAAACACUCAGAGUUCUUCUACAAGUUCACCUCCUUCACCACGCCGGGGAUCAUCUACCACUGCGACCUGAGCCGGCCCGACCCGGAGCCCCGGGUCUUCAGGGAGGUGGAGGUCAAAGGCAUCAACCAGGAGGACUUCCUGACCAGCCAGGUUUUCUACCCCAGUAAGGACGGAACCAGCAUCCCCAUGUUCCUGGUCCACGCCCGGAACCUGGAGCGGGACGGAACCAACCCGGUCUUCCUGUACGGCUACGGCGGCUUUGAGAACUCCAUCCAGCCGCACUACAAUGUGGCCUACCUGCUGUUCGUGAGACACCUGGGCGGAGUUCUGGCCGUGGCCAACAUCCGGGGCGGCGGAGAGUACGGCCUCACCUGGCACAAAGCCGGAACCUUGGACCGGAAGCAGAACUGCUUCGAUGACUUCCAGAGCGCGGCGGAGUUCCUGAUCCGGGAGCGGUUCACCUCGGCCAGCCGGAUCGCCAUCAACGGAGCGUCCAACGGCGGCCUGCUGGUCGCCGCCUGCAUGAUCCAGCAGCCGCAGCUGUUCGGAUGCGUCGUCGCCGAGGUCGGAGUUUUGGACAUGUUGAAGUUCCAUAAGUUCACCAUCGGACACGCCUGGACCACCGACUACGGCUGCGCCGACGACCCGGAGCAGUUCCAGUGGCUCAUCAAGUACUCUCCCCUCCACAACCUGCCGGAGGCGCCGUACUCCGGCCCGCCGUACCCGGCCGUCCUGCUGCUGACGGCGGACCACGACGACCGCGUGGUUCCGCUGCACACGCUGAAGUUCUGCGCGGCGCUGCAGCGCGGCGUGGGCGGCAGCCCGCAGCAUCGGCAGCCGCUCCUGCUGCGCGUCGACACCCGCAGCGGACACGGCGCCGGGAAGCCCACGGCCAAGGCCAUCCUGGAGGACACGCACAUCUUCGCCUUCAUCGCCGAGACGCUGAAGCUCGACUGGAAGGACUGAAGCUCAGAGUCCCGAUCGGCUCUGAAUGAAACGUGUUCAGUAAAACCUCCACUGGUUCGGUCAGGAAGAGAUCCAGAGAUCCACUGAAGGAUCUACACUGAAAAAAAGGAAAACAUGA